AGUCCUCUUCGUGGAAGGCUCGCCCGCGGGAUUACAGGGCGACGCAGUCACCCCUGAGAACCAGCAGGUAUGAUGUCACCUCUCACGUCCAUGAGUCCGCUCAUCAGCCACAUGAUCGACCACAUCGCCCUUGCUUUUGUCAUGCGUGAGUCAGUCGAACUGAAUGGUUGGUUACUUCGUCCGUCCGUCCUCGCCCUACCUAUCUCUAAGUCCCACACGGUCCUCAUGUCUCUCCUAUGCUCUCCGUCGUGCUUCGUCCAUGGCAGACCAGCUUCUCUCCACAGUAACCCACCACGGCUCCCUGCCGGAGACCUACGUCCGUCCGGAGUCGCAAAGGCCUCGCCUAAAUGAAGUCCUCCGCGACGCCGACGUCCCCACCAUCGAUCUCGGCUCACCGGACUUGUCGCAGACCGUAGCGCAAGUCGCCGACGCCUGCAGCACCUACGGCUUCUUUCAGGUAGUGAACCAUGGAGUGCCGAUCGAGUUGAUGCUGAAGAUGAUGGCGGUGGCUUUGGAGUUCUUUCGCCUCCCUUCCGAAGAGAAGGCGAAGCUCUACUCCGAUGACCCUGCCAAGAAGAUGAGGCUGUCGACGAGCUUCAACAUCCGGAAGGAGAAGUUCCGCAACUGGAGGGACUAUCUCCGGCUCCAUUGCUAUCCUCUCGAGGAGUUCGUGCCUGGUUGGCCUUCCAAUCCCUCUUCAUUUAAGGAAGUGGUCAGCAGUUACUGCAGGGAAGUCCGUCAACUGGGGUUUCGACUCCUCGGACUAAUAUCGAUCGGCCUGGGACUGGAGGAGGACUACAUGGCGACGGUGCUCGGCGAGCAAGAGCAGCAUAUGGCCGUAAACUACUACCCAAAGUGCCCGGCGCCGGAGCUCACGUACGGUUUGCAGGCGCACACCGACCCGAACGCCCUCACUCUCCUUCUUCAGGACCCAGACGUGGCCGGGCUUCAGGUUCGUAAGGACGGCAAGUGGAUCGCUGUCAAUCCCCAACCCAACGCAUUCGUCGUCAACAUCGGUGACCAGCUUCAGGCACUGAGUAAUGGAAGAUACCGGAGCGUUUGGCAUCGGGCUGUGGUCAACGCGGACAAAGAGAGGAUAUCGGUGGCGUCGUUCCUUUGCCCCUGCAACAAUGCCAUCAUCAGCCCUCCGGAGAAGCUCGUCGCCGACGGAUCUCCGGCCAUGUACAGGAGCUACACCUACGACGAGUACUACAAGAAGUUCUGGAGCAGAAACCUGGAUGACGAGCACUGCUUGCAGCUCUUCAGAAGCUAAUGCCUAAUGCUGCUGCCCGUGGCAUGCAACAGGAUGAGUGCUCUACGUGGCAACCUUGAUGAUGUGGACAUCUCGGAUUGGUCAAAAGUGGGAUGAUUUCAUGACCUGUCUCGGCAGCGUUUCGGCUUUUGUGUUGUAAGACAAAUAAUGUUUGACCGUAUUUUGACUUCAAUAAACUAAAACAUUGCAAGGGAAUAAUAAA